AUGCUCAUAUGUCCUCACUAUGCUCAUAUUGUCCUCGCUGGAGAGGCAGGCAGCGAGCAAAUCCGAGCUGUUUCUCACCGGCAUUUGCGCAUCACACGCGUCAGUGGAGCGGAAAAGGCUUUCGACGUGUGUUUCUGCUUCAUUAACCCAUUGGCAAUGGACCUCCUCGACAGCGGCUCUCGUGGAGGCGCUACGUUGGCCACGGCGUUGGCUUCGUGCUCGCUGCUACUGCUGCUACUUUUGCGCUCGUUUCUGCUCCACACGCCGCACGACUUCUCGGCGUUGGCUCAGCUGCUGCUACUUCAGCUCGGCGUGCAGGCAGUGGUGGUGGCGGCGGUUUCUUCCCGCAACUCAAGACGCCUCCGCGUCGAGCCGCAACGCGCAACUUUGGACGCGGUCCACCGUCUCGCGAGUCUAUUUCUAACCGUCCAGGCGCUGCGACACUUUGGGGUGUUGUUUGCGUUCUUAGUGCAACAUGUGGACCUGCUGCUGCUGCAACUUGAGCGCUGGCACGCCACUGGCGACAAGGAGAGCGCGUUGCUGCUGCUGAUUGGCUAUUUAUUGGUGGCUGGCAUCCAUUCCGACGCGUACGGGACUCUCCUGCACACCCUGACGCUGCUAGGCGCGGCUCUGGGGCUGCGCGUCGCGGUCCAGUCGCUGUCGAUUAGCAGCGCUCCUCAUGCUCAAGACGACGCGUCACCGCAGACGCUGCUGUCCGUUACAAUGGCCAUGAGCGUGGCCGCAGUGCUGGCGUUGCUGACGCCUGUAGAGAGUGACGCGGAUCGUGUCCAGCAGCUGAUGAACGAUCGAGUGAGUGGCGAUGCUGGGAGCUCCAUGACGACGUGGACAGCUGUUUCUCUAAUGGGAGCGACUGCGAGUCACUUUGCAGGUCGCUACGUCGAGCAGAAAUUGACGCUGCUGUCGUCCAUCCAUCAAGCCAAAGCUCAGCUCGUGUGCACGUCGACGGGGAUCGUGCUGGCGAUUGGUGUUGCAUUGGGGCAGCAGCAAUGGCUGCACGCUGCCCUGAGCGUCAUGGCCUGCAGUCUGAUACUCUUUGUCUUUGUGCGUGAAUGGCAUCGCGCUGGUGCGUCCUUUGGUGAUGGUGGUGGCCACAACGGUGAUGACAGUGAAGCGGGUCUGGACACGUACCGACCAAGCCCGGGUUGUAGCUCGAAAGAGGGCGUGCUGGCCGGAGCGAGCCACGUCAUUGGUGUCUUGUGGUCGCGACGCGCCUCACGUCAAAUGCUCCUCUUCCUAUCGGUUAAUGUUGCCUUUAUGUUUGUGGAACUCGGUGUUGGUCUCUACACGAACUCACUUGGUCUCAUGGGUGACGCUGGACAUAUGCUGUUUGACAACGGUGCGCUCACGAUUGGUCUCGUGGCAUCAUACAUUGGCCAGCUUCCGCCUGAUGCGAAGUUUACUUACGGUUAUGGUCGUGUGGAGGUCCUCUCGGGCUUUCUGAAUUCCCUGCUACUGCUUGUCGUAUCAUUCCACCUGCUAACUGAAGCGGCAUCACGAUUCAUGGACCCACCUGAGGUUACGACGGAUCACUUGCUGCUCACGUCGACAGUCGGUCUUUUUGUGAACCUCGUGGGUCUCUUCUUUUUUCACGAUCACGUACACGGUAAUUGUCACAGCCAUGGAGGGGAUUCAACGCACGGUGGAGGCUGCGGCAUCGGUCAUGGCCACAGCCAUGGCGGUGACCACCAUCAGGCCCACAGCGGGCACGCGUCAGAAGGUGGUCACGAUAGUGGGAACAGCAACAGCAACAUGUACGGUGUGUACCUCCACGUGUUGGCCGAUACGAUGGGCAGUGUGGGCGUGAUCAUUUCGUCGGUGCUCAUAGAAAUGUUCGGAUGGCACGUGGCCGACUCUGCGUCCUCCGCACUCAUAUCGUUGCUAAUUUUGGGUAGUACGUUACCAUUGCUGCAGAAUACAGCUCUCCAGCUAUUACAGGGCGCACCUCAGGAAUUGAAAAGUAAUGUUGAUGCAGCUCUCCUGGAUGUGCAAACAAUGGUACCAGGCGUGGAGCGAAUAGCUCGCUGGAAUAUUUGGCACCACGCGGGCAGCAUGAGCGUGGCCACGCUGCACCUCGAGGUUGCAUCUUCUGCUGACGAGCAGCAUGUGCUCCAGCACACUCGAGAUAUCUUUCGGCGGCAUGCGCGACUUGAUGAGUUCUUGACGGUGCAGGUUUCAAAACCUCAGGUGACUCGCACGAUGGGAGCGGAGAGGAAUGGAAGUGAGAGGUCGCAAUUUACGAACGGAUACGAUGGGGAUCAUGCUUACAGUCGUCACCAUGACCACGGUCACAGCCAUGGCUAUGACAACGACCACAGUCAUCGUCAUUCAUACGGUCACAGCCACGGUCACAGCCAUAGUCACGAUCAAGCUCACGAUCCCGGUCAUGGCCAUCGCCAUGGUGAUGGGCCUUCCGCGGAUGCCCACUCUGCAUUCUCCGUGCAUCAUCAGCAUGCGCAGCCUGUGGCCAAUGCAAUGGAUAUGCACAAGAACCCAGCUCGCGAUGACUCCUGCAACGUCAUCUUACCCAAACGCGCAUCCAAGAACCCUGGUAUGCCAAGUUGUGGUCAUGGGUUUGAAAGCGACCCAACUUCUGCAAGGCCCGCGCCGUUUGCUUCAUAUUUUGUGGACCAUCAGCAGCACCACUAG